AUGGCGGCAACCACGCUGAGGCCCACGGCUGAGGUUGGUGUGACCUUUGAGGACGUUGCCGUGCACUUCUCCAGGACAGAAUGGCUUCUCCUGGAUGAAGCUCAGAGACGCCUGUACCUCAGUGUGAUGCUGGAGAACUAUGCUCUUAUAUCAUCGCUGGGUUGCUGCUGUGAAGCAGAGGAUGUAGAGGCACCCACUGAAUUGAAUGUUUCUGAAAGAGUCUCAAAGGAUAAGAAUCUGAAGUCAGAAGUGUCUUCCCAGAAGAGCCACCCAUGUGAGAGUUGUGGGUGCAUCUUGAGAGAUAUAUUCCUCUUGCUUGGCCAGCAGGUCAUAACACUGCUGAGGUGUGGGGCGUGUGUGAAACCAUUUUAUUUCAGUGCACAGAGUCACCAGCAGGGCACAACACAGAAUGGUUUCAUAAGCAGUGUGGACAGGGUCUCACUUGAAAACAGCUGUAAUUUCCAUGUGUCCAGGGAUGCUUGUACCUCUCUUCAGGUUGGAGAAUGCUUCCUCAUCAAUUCCGGACAUCGUGAGCAACUGGCAACUUGCUCCAUGCCCGAAGGAAAGAAAACCUCCAAGUCUGGAAUGACUUUUAACACUGCAAAAUAUUACACCCCAAGAGAACGCAAGAAGACCAUUGACUGUGAUGACACACUUGUUGAGGACCAGAGAUUCCUUACUGGAAGACACUCUCGGCUUCGUGAACAUCACAGAAUUCACACUGGAGAAAGGCCUUAUAAAUGCAGUAUAUGUGGGAAAUCUUUUACCCGUAGCUCCUCCCUUCAUCAUCAUCACAGUGUUCACAAAGGAGAAAGGCCUUAUAAGUGCAAUGAAUGCGGAAAAUCCUAUAUUCAUAGCUCUGACCUUCGUCUACAUCACAGAGUUCACACUGGAGAAAGGCCUUAUGAGUGCAGUCAAUGCGGAAAAUCUUUUAGCUAUAGUUCUGCCUUCCAUUGUCAUCAGCGAGUUCACACUGGAGAAAGAGUUCGCACUGGAGAAAGGCCUUAUGAGUGCAGUGAACAGGGGAAAUCUUGUACAUGA